ACAAUAUGAAUGGCAAUUUGUAUUGUUCGACGUCUUCCCAAGACAGUAGCAACUUUGUGGUGUCCAACUCCGAGAAAGUCAUUUAAUAGUUUUCCUUAACGGUUUUGCAUUUGAAUUUAACCGAACAACGUUUGUCGGUAGUUAUACCAGCACAUGAAGAGGAUUUAGAAAAGGAAUACAUUGGUUAACACUGCGUCGAACGAAGCUAACUUUUGAGCUCACAGACCAGCGUUGGUGUGUGACUGGAGACUCGGAUCUCCACCUGGGCUGGAGAUGGGGGAUCCUGAGCCUCCAGAGUUUGGGUCCCUGGAGGAAGAGCUGGAGUACUGGAAGGAACAGGCUGCCAGGCACCAACAGAGUGCAGAGGAAGCUCAGGAGGAACUGCAGGAGUUUCAGCAGAUGAGUCGGGACUAUGAGGUGGAGCUGGAGCUGGAGCUCAAGCAGUGCGAGACACGAAACCGUGAGCUUCUUUCUGCCAACAACCACCUCCGCAUGGAGCUGGAAAACUACAAGGAGAAGUAUGAGACGCAGCACUCGGAGGCCUACCGGCAGAUCUCCAGCCUGGAGGGAGACCUGGCUGAGACCACGGCCGUUAGAGACCAGCUUCACAAAUACAUCAGAGAGCUGGAGCAGGCCAACGACGACCUGGAGCGGACCAAGAGGGCGACCAUCAUGUCGCUGGAGGACUUUGAGCAGAGGAUGAACCAUGUUAUAGAGAGGAACGCCUUCCUGGAGAGCGAGCUGGACGAGAAGGAGAAUCUCUUGGAGUCCGUCCAGAGGCUGAAGGACGAGGCCAGAGACCUGAGACAGGAGCUUGCGGUGCAGCAGAAACAGCAGGUACAGGACAGGAAGCCCACCCUCAGCAGUGCAAUCAAAGACCCUUCCUCCUCCGCCUCAGCUGGUCUUCCCACCCCGCCCCUCACCCCACCGGACAAACGAACCGAGGACAGAACCACGUCUUCGUCCUCUAACCAGCCCGUCCCCUCUGCCACCCCUCCACCCAGACCUGCAGAGUCCUUCACCACCCCGCUGCCCUCCGUCAGCAGAGGUGAAAGCCUGUCAGGGACUCCCCUCACCACGUCGGCGAGAAUCUCGGCUCUGAACAUCGUCGGAGAGCUGCUGAGAAAAGUCGGGAACCUGGAGUCCAAGCUGGCGUCGUGUCGGGAAUACGUCAACGGGCAGACAGCGAGCCGCAGAGGCCAGGCGGGGGGACAGGGGCCGACGUCGGGCCACAACAACUCCUCAGAGACCCAUGCUACCAACGGCCUCUACAACAAGGGGCUGGUGAAGAGGUUAGAGUUCGGAGCGGGACCCAAGCUGCUGCUGUAGAGUGAAAACCUCCUCCACCCCCUCCAUCCUCAAUCCUCCUGUGAGCUGCUGCUGCCCUCCCGUCCACCCGGCCGCUCUUUAACGGUACUGUGUGUUGCACAUCGCACCGAACGCCGACCGCUCUCACUGGGGGCUGCAGUGAUGCAAACGGACGGGUGUGUUUGCUAUGGACACGUUCGGAUGUCUGUUACCAGCUCAAGUCUGUUUGUUUAUUAGCAGGACUUCUUUUCGGCACUCGCACUUAGCUCAAACUAACUAACUGGACUUGUGCUGCAUGUCACCACCUUUGUUUUGCUUCUUUUUUUUUUGGGUGUGUAAAGACUGAACACAAAGCGAAUUUUAGAGGCAGCGCGAUUGCAUAUGGAGUCUAUAAAGAAAAGACUCUAACAGAUGCAUUAUUAAUGUAAGUUUUGACAGAGCGUUGACAUAAUAUCUGGGGGAUGAUGUCAGUAAAUUCCACGUUCAUCUGCUAAAACGUUUUCGGUGGUCAAACCUGCACAAUGAAACCAAAGUGAAAAUUAGCUUUGUUUAGUUUGAACACACCUGGAACACUGAACGGGCACUUUUCUCUACACCAGAAGACAGGGAGGCAGUUUUUGAGAAUGUCUUUAAACUAACUUUUAAACUGCAACCCAGUCAGUCAUUUCCUUUUGUCCUCAUAAAAACCACAUUUGCUGAUCUGCUUUUAUACAGUAUGCCUCCAAAGCUGUAUUUGUUGUAUAUAAAUAAGUGUUGGCACAAACUACAAGAACUACUAAUGGAAUGGAAAUAGUUGAUUGAAACACACAUAUUUGAUAUACUGUAUAUUUUAGAUUACAGAAUACAGACUGCAGACUGCAAACAUUAACUUGAUAGCUGUGCUAAGACUCCUGUUCAUCAAGGUAGUAUCAAAAGCACUGCUCUGCAAGCCUUAAGCUUUUAAUGAACUGUGCUUUUUUAUCAUUAUGAAGUCAAAUAACUUAUUAAAAGCAUCAUUUUUUGUGGGGAAAAUAAAAUAUACAUUUUUGAAUGAAGAUCUUACAAAAUCUUGCCAACAUAUUGUGGCCAUCAGUGGUUCUGCAUCUUAAAGCUGCCUUAAUUAACAUGUUGUGUAUAAAUAAUGAAACAAAUGUUAGAGUUGCCGCUCAUAGUUAUGAAAAUAUGUAUCAAUGUCACUAUCUCUGCAGUUGCAUGUAGCUUUUUAGUCUUAUUUAAUGCUUAUUCGGCUUUCUGAAUUUUUACUCUGAAUAAGGAAAUUUAGUUUGCCCCCCCCAUAUGACUGAGAUUAGUGUUAGAGUAUCUGAUACUUACCUAAAUGACAUAGCUGCCCUGCACACACUCAAAGCUACAACCUAAAAAAUGGGAUAAUAUAGAACUUAAUUCAUCCAGAAAUAAACAUCGUAAAUAAUGUUAUACAUAGCAGCAUAUUGAUUAAAUGUGUAUCUGGCACGUGGAAAUAACCUCUUUAGUCUAGUAAACUUUGUGAUCCGAAUAUUUGAGACCGUAGUUCAGAAUUGUUAAAUUGAUAACCUUGAAUUAAUAAUCUAAUGAGUGAAAAUGUAACGGGGCUGAAUAAGACAAAAACAAGAGUACAGUAAAUAAAUGAUUGACAUUUGUUGGGGUUUAUUUGACCCCUGGA